CUCACUAAUUUUCUUAAUCAUUACAGUACAUGGAACCUAUCUAUCUCACCUUUUCUUCUCCGCCACGCGACUACGCUGGCGAUGCACCCCCUAUGACGCCGGAUCGUGCGGAGCAGCGCUACUCCCCGUGCCCUGAGGAUGCACCCCGGAUGUCACCUGAUAGGGGGGAACCGUACUACACCCCGUGGGACAAGGAUGACCCCUUCUACUUGGCUGGCCUACCAGCCGGAUACAACCCCACCAGCGAGGGGGAAUCGGAGGAGAGGCCAUACGAAGAGGACGAUGAGUCCAAACAGGAGGAGAGCAGCGAGGCGGAAGAGCCCUGUUUUCGACUCCCACCAGGCGCCUGGUCACCCAGGCCCGGGCAACGCCGCGACCCGCGACUAGGGCAUGGGUUGUAUGCUCGACCCCCGUCGCCGACCGAGACGGAGGUGCAACGAUACCAGCCUCCUCCCACUGAGGAUAGUGACACGGACGAACCGUUUUUCAUCGAGGAAGUAGACCGUACGGUAACCUACGAGCCGGCCAUCCGCCCAUGGAUACCGAGUGAAAAGUGGAAACGCCCCUACGUAAACUACCCCGGGGCCUAG